AUUGAACAUUAUUUUACUGGUAAAUGACGUUUUAUUCUGAUAAAAUGGACGAAAAACAGAUCCUAGGUUUGAAAAAAUAGUCACAAGUAAUUGGUUAAAAACGUAGGAUUUGCGAAGACAAACAAAUUUCUUGCUUAAUUAAAUACCUCCUUUUAUCGGAAAAUAAAAAAAGUUCAAACAAAACAAAGAAGCAAAGAGACAUAAAACUAGAGUAACGAUGACAUAAAUGAGACGCACACUGAUUCAAGUGUCUCGUAUAUGUUUUUGCCCUAGACACGUGGCGUUCUCCUACUCCCAAAUGUUAAUCUCUUCGGCCACCGGAGAGACACAGAAAGAAUAUAGAAAAGAGAGAGAGACUGAAGAGAGAUAGAGGAAAAAGAGAGAGAGAAAUGGAUCAAGAUCAUGAGUUAUGGCGGACGCUAAGAUGCGCCGGUAAAGCGCAAGAUAAGACCUCUGUUGAUACUCUCAUGCUUAAGUACCGUCCGAUCGCUCCAAAGCCGACGACUACUGGUCAACCAUUGGUCGGAGAUACAAGUAGCACGAGAAGGACGAAGAGAAAGUACGUUAGGGUUUCAAAGAAUAAUAAAGCCACGUGUCGAUCAAAGACGAACGGCUUCAGAUCUAGCUCAACAGAUCCGGAGAAUGGUCGGGAAGAUAUCGUCACGCUACAGCUCUUACCGGAGAGAUCUACGCCGUUGAGUUUAGAUCAUAAUAAUCUCGAUCCAACGGUGGAAACGAUAAACGGAGAUGAAACUUGUAAUACCGACACGUGGCUCAAGUUUAACGGCGGUGAUGACGCGUUGCAACAAGUUCCGGUAGAGACGUGGGUGACGGUGGAGUCCGUUAACAGUGGCUUGGUUUCCCAUGCGGUAGGGUUAACGGACGAAGAGCUCACAUAUGCUUUAGAUAAAGACACGUGUCCUGGUUUCAUAUCGGAUGGUUCGAACCGUGUGGUGAUGGUUAACGAGGCUUACCGGAGGAUAGUAACCGGAGACGGCGGAUUCGGAAGAGAGGUGAUAGUGUGGUUGGUGGUUGACCAAACGGCGACGUUUUGUGACUACCGAACUUUUACGUGUAAGGUGAGAAUGGAAUACACGUGGCGAGAAACGAAGUACACUAAAACGUUGCCGUGUGAUGUGUGGAAGAUGGAGUUUGGUGGAUUUGCAUGGAGGUUGGAUACUACUGCAGCUUUAACUCUUUGGCUUUGAGGUAUAGAGGGUAAGAUUAAUUAAGAUCAACAUGUGGUUAAGGUGUAUAAUCUCACACUUUAAUUACUUUUUCUCACUUUGCAUAUUGGGAAGUUAAUAAGUAAUAUAAAAGAGAAACGUAUUUAAUGCUAAUAUAUGUGGGGGAAGUCUUGAGAAUCAAGUCUAGCUUUCAGAAUAAAUUUGUGUGUUUGCGAACCUUAUAUAUAGAUUGAAAAAUUACCAUAAUGUC